AUGGCAUCUUUAGCGAAAAACAGCGGCAAAACUGGCCUUGAGCCAAAAGCCCUCCUUACUGCCUACGUGAAACAGCUCCAGAUAAAGCCCCUCAAGACAAAAAUGUACACCUCGGGCUCUUUGAUGGCUUUGACUGAAAUCAUAGCGUCUUGGCUUGCCUACGGACGCGAUGGUCACGGUCCAACUUUCACGUCGCGAGUACCUCAGAUGGCUUUCUACGGUGCUUUUGUGAGCGCGCCUUUAACGCAUCUUCUCAACGGCACGCUUCAGAAGAAAUUUGCAGGCCGAACAGGCGCGGGAAAUUUGCUUUUGCAGACUCUGCUAACCUACAUAUUUAUCUUCCCUAUCCAAAACACUGUGUAUCUAGCAUCCAUGGCUCUCAUCGCUGGAGCGCGUACCAUCGAGCAAGUCCGCGCGGCGGUUCGAGGUGGACUUGUGCCCAUGACCACUGCCAACUGCGCCUUGUACCCGGUUCUGCUGGGAUUCGCCAAGGCUUUUGUGCCUCCUCAGUUUUGGGCACCGUUUUUCAGUAUGGUUGGGUUCUUUCUGGGAACCUACUUCAACACUUUGGCGAAGAAGAGAAAGGUCGCUGCCGCUGCCGCUGCCAAGGCGAAGGAGGUUUAA